GAGCCAUUCUACCAAUUUAGCCUACAGCUUUAGCAACAAAAUGCAUAACACGGCGGUUCCAAAGACAGUAAAUGGGCGGUACACUGGCGAGGAGACAAGAGGCCGUGUUUGUUUGUUUGUUUUAAUGGAUGUUUAUGGAGAAGGUGCAAGAUGAUUUGAGACAACUGAAAAAGAGUCUUGUUCGAAUGACUGUGCAUGAGAAUGGACAAAUCGUUGACAUUCAAGCUCUGGAUGCAGCCAUCAGCAGGACAGAAAAUGGAAUAAGGAGGCAUGCAGAAGAGUAUCUGAAAACCGUUAAUAAUCAGGUUUUGACUCUACCCUGUAUUGAAGAGCCUGAAAAGACUGCCACUGCCAAGCUUGUUAAAUGGCAGCCACGAUUUGAGACAAUACCAAAUACGAGGCAUCAGAAAAGACAGAUUUCUGGAGCAUUCCUGGGGGGAAAGCACAAGUCAGCAUUUACCAUGCAUCUGCUGAAUAACCCAUUUCACCCAAAGAACAAGGAGCUUGUGCACCAAAAUUAUGGGAUUCAGCUACCUCUCCUACACAAGAGAGCUGGGGCCACUGUAGGGACUCAGAGAGUGGUCGCUGGCCCCACUGUGGGGAGUUUAGCUGUAGUACAAGGGGGCCUGCCUAAACACCUAUACCCCAAAACACCACUGACUGAAGAGGAUACAAAUGCAGGAUUUGCAGGGCUGAUACCCUCAGCAGCUGACCUCAAAACACUAGUACAGCCCAAAGCUGUCCACUUGCAGAAGAGAGAGGACAGUGGCCCAGCUAAGAUGGAUGUGUCAGAAAAGGCAUGUAAAUGGGAAAUGGAUGUGAGCAGAGAGGAUGGAAUGGCUCUUGGAUGGUCAACAACAGCGGGUCUAACAUCCAGGAGUACACGCACUCCCCCUCCAUCAGCUGCAUCCAUAAGCUCUGACAACAGAGUCCUGACUCACGGGUUUGCUCGACUCUCUCCACUUAACCCACAGAAUGUUCCAAUGUCAACUGCUGUCAGCAAAUACCCUUUCAACAUAGUUGAGGGUCAGAUUGACCCAGGUGCUUCAGACUAUUGUAGGUUUCAAAUGCAGUACUGUCUGUGCUGGGGUGCAAUUGUGGAGGCUCUGGAUCAGCUGCAGCAGAUACUGUUGGACUUUGCGAUGCCAGUGGCACGGGUGUGUGGGGAGCGGCUGGCAGCUUGGGUGCAGAGCGGUGAGCUUGACUGGAGAGGCGGCAGGGGCCGGUGCACUCAUGUGGAGAAGCUGCUCUCAAUGCUGGAGAACAAGGAUGAGGUAUGGGAGCUGAUGUGUCAGCCUGGCCAGUGCUACAAAGGCAGUGGGGGACAUCAGGCAGCGGCUGUGCGCAUCCAGACCUGCUGGAGGCGUUACUCUGCCCAUGCUGCCUACAUGCUCCAACUCUGGCGCAAAUGGGCGGCACAAACCAUUGCCAUGUGCCUGCUGAAGCAUGCCAGACUGAACCAUUUGAGGAAGAGCCUGCAGGCCUCACGUCUCCGCCACCUGGAAAACUACCGCAUCAGGGCAGAGGGUCUGGCAGCCAACUGGAAACACAUCACCUCUGCCAAAAGGACUAUCAUCCAUGUCCCAUCAUUGGGCUAUACCCAGCACCAGCGUCUCCGUCUCAGAGGAUUCGAUAUACUCCAGAAUACUCAGAUGUGCCGACUAUGUGACAUCAGAGAAGAGAAUGUGGAGGUGAUCUAUGUGUCUCCAGUGAGCCUGGGGGAGGAUGUGCUCCAGUACUACACCAACCUGCUGGGCCUGCAAGCAGCCGUUGAGCUGGGGGAUGCUUCUGCCGCUCACACCCAAUGUGCCAAACGCUUCACCAUCCUCAUGCCAGAAGCACUGGAGUUUUUUUCACGGCAAAACAUGUGUCUAGCUUCACUCCUGAAGUACAGCCCACAAACACUAAAGCGCAUCAAGAAUUUGAUACAGGGGAAGCUGGCCUACAUGAUCGGUGGUUUUCCCCAUGUUGACGACCUGGCUGUGGCAGAUGAACUGGAAGUUCCUUUUCUGGGCACAGAGCCUGCCGUGGCUCAGCUUUAUGGCACAAAAUCUGGAGGAAAAAGGAUUUUCAGUAGUGCAGGAGUAAACAUGCCUCCGGGAAAGUGGGAUGUCUAUACCCUGGAGCAGCUUCAUGAAGGUCUGGCCCAGUUGAUGACGGAGCACAUGGAAGUACAGCGAUGGCUCUUCAAGAUAGAUGGUGAAAUAGGUGGACGGGGAACUGCCUACUGUGAUGUCUGCCACCUAAGAUGCCAUACCUGGGCACAGGAGGAGUUCAACUGCCACAGGCCCAAACUUUGGAGGAUGUCAUUGGCUCAAGUUAGGGUGCCGGUGAUAGUAAAGAUCUUAGAAGAGGUUCCUUAUCUUCUGGCCUCAUAUGCUCGGCCAGUCAACAUGUCCUGCUAUCCCACCUGGGCCAGCUUCCUGGAACAUUUCCUCAGGGAAGGAGGAGUAAUAGAGGCAUAUCCUCCCUCAGACAGUGUGACAUGUCUGACAGUGGAUCUGUUGGUGGAGCCAGGAGGAGAUGUACGAAUGCUGUCCUGUGGAGAUCAGCUCCAUGGCCCCAGUAGCUUAGAAGUGGUGGGCUGCACCAUGCCCCAGACCUCCAUCUGUCCUGACGUCCUCCACUCAAUCUGCACUCGUGUGGGCCAGGCCUGCCAGAAGCGCUCCAUCAUGGGCCACCUCUCCCUGGAUCUAGUCAGCUUCCUGGAGCCCAGCAACCUGCAACAGCAGGUAUGGGCUAUUGAUCUUGACCUGGGCUACAGGAACCAGCUGGCCAUGACCCAGCUGACGCUCAUGAUGACAGGAGGAACACUGGACUGCCUCACCAGUAAAUUGGAGGUUCCUCCUCCAGUCAAAGAGGUGAAGCCUAUUGUGCGCCAGGCGAGGUUAAAGAGCAAAGCUCGAACUUCAGUGACCAGUCGCUUUGCAGUGAUGGGCACCCGAAUUACUCACACCAAUCUUUCUUUGGUAUAUUAUGAAAUUUUUUUUCUGAUGUGCGAAGCACAGGGAAUAGGCUAUGAUGUCAAGGCAAGGAAAGGCACCGUGUUCGCCCUCCAUGACAGCAGAGAUAGAAGAAGUCUUGGCAUGCUAACAAUCUCGGAGCAUCUCCAGGGAGCUCUGCUGACCUUUGCUCGCAACCUGUCAGUUAUUCAUCAGGAAACAUCAGGUCCAAAUAUGCACGGAACAAAUAAUUUUAAGGACCUGAUCAAGGACAUUGAGGAGGUCCUGGGCAUGACCAUACAAAACCAAACCAAAUCUCAAGAAAAAGAAGAAGAAAUAACUACAGCUGCAACAGAACAGUCUGAUAACCCCGAAUGAAUCAAUGAAUUCAGUGAUAAUUGCAAUCUCUACAUAUUUCUAUAGAAUUCAGUUUUAGCUGUAAUGUGCUUAACAUGACAUUAAAAUGAGACACAUGUAUAUAUAAACCUGUUUUCUUUUCUCCUGAGCGGAAUUGACCAUGAACUUUUUUUUUUUAAGUGAAACAAUAUUGCAAAGAGGAUAAUUAUUUCAGUUAAGUUACAUCUGCUAUUCAUGACAUUUAUCUAGCUCUUUGGUAGAGACUGGAACAGGUGACUGUUACUUAACACUACAUGUAUUGUAAAAAUCUAAUGCAAACAAUCAAAGAGGUAAAAUUAUUAUAUUUCAUCCUCAGAGACCCAAGCCUUGACAUUGAUGAUGUAUUUUCUUUUUUUACUCCUUGGAAGUGUUUUUAG